GCGCGGUCUAUGAGCAGGCUCGGCCCUAGGCUCAAGAUGGCGGUGGCAGUGGCAGAUAAACAGAAGCAUGAGCAUGGCCGGGUGAAGAUUGGGCACUAUAUCCUGGGCGACACGCUCGGCGUCGGUACCUUCGGCAAAGUCAAAGUUGGUAAACAUGAAUUAACUGGGCAUAAAGUCGCAGUGAAGAUCCUAAAUCGACAGAAGAUUCGCAGCCUUGAUGUUGUAGGAAAAAUCCGCAGGGAGAUCCAGAACCUCAAACUCUUCCGACAUCCUCAUAUAAUUAAACUGUACCAGGUCAUCAGUACACCAACUGACAUUUUCAUGGUGAUGGAAUAUGUUUCAGGAGGAGAACUGUUUGAUUAUAUCUGUAAAAAUGGAAGGCUUGAUGAAAAGGAAAGUAGACGUCUGUUCCAGCAAAUCCUUUCUGGUGUGGAUUACUGUCACAGGCAUAUGGUAGUACAUAGAGAUCUGAAGCCUGAAAAUGUGCUGCUUGAUGCACACAUGAAUGCCAAGAUAGCUGAUUUUGGUCUAUCAAAUAUGAUGUCAGAUGGAGAAUUUUUAAGAACAAGCUGUGGUUCCCCUAACUAUGCUGCACCAGAAGUAAUUUCAGGAAGAUUAUAUGCAGGUCCAGAAGUAGAUAUUUGGAGCAGUGGAGUUAUUCUCUAUGCUUUGUUAUGUGGAACACUUCCAUUUGAUGAUGAUCAUGUGCCAACCCUUUUUAAGAAGAUAUGUGAUGGUAUCUUUUAUACCCCUCAAUACCUGAAUCCAUCUGUAUCUAGUCUUCUGAAACACAUGCUGCAAGUAGAUCCAAUGAAGAGAGCAACAAUCAGAAACAUUAGACAACAUGAAUGGUUUAAGCAGGACCUUCCCAAGUACCUGUUUCCUGAAGACCCGUCAUAUAGUUCUACCAUGAUUGAUGAUGAAGCCUUAAAAGAAGUGUGUGAGAAGUUUGAAUGCGCUGAAGAAGAAGUGCUAAGUUUUCUGUACAGCCAAAAUCAUCAGGAUCCUUUAGUGGUUGCUUAUCACCUCAUUAUAGAUAAUAGGAGAAUAAUGAAUGAGGCCAAAGACUUCUACUUGGCUACGAGCCCACCGGAUUUUUUUCUUGAUGAUCACAAUCUGUCUCGACCUCAUCCUGAAAGAGUGCCAUUCUUAGAAGCUGAAGCACCACGUCCCCGCCAUACUCUUGAUGAGCUGAAUCCACAGAAGUCAAAACACCAAGGUGUAAGAAGAGCCAAGUGGCACUUGGGAAUACGGAGUCAGAGUAGACCAAAUGAUAUCAUGUCUGAAGUUUGUCGAGCAAUCAAACAACUGGAUUAUGAAUGGAAGGUUGUAAAUCCAUAUUAUCUGCGUGUUCGAAGCAAGAAUCCAGUGACAAGUGCAUAUUCCAAAAUGAGUCUACAGUUGUAUCAGGUGGAUAGCAGGACGUACUUACUGGACUUCCGUAGCAUUGAUGAUGAAAUUGCUGAAGCAAAAUCUGGGACUGCAACUCCACAGAGAUCAGGUUCUGCGAGCAACUGUAGAUCCUGUCAAAAAGAUUCAGAUGGCGAUGCACAGGGAAAAUCUGAAGAUAUGUCCCUUACACCAUCAGCAACCUCUUUGAUUGAUUCUUCUAAGGCUGAAUUAAUUCCAAGACCAGGGAGUCAUACAAUAGAAUUCUUUGAGAUGUGUGCAAAUCUUAUUAAAAUACUUGCACAAUAAGUUCAAAAGUGGGCUUAUUUUUUUUACAGCAAUAAGCAUGCCUAAAUCAUAGUCAGAUGCUUCCAGUUAUAAUCAAGUUAAAUUAACUA